CAUUCCUCAGUCGGUGCCAGAAUUCUUGAUCCUGCACUGGGAGAAAAUGUCUAUCCAAGUGGAACACCCGGCUGGUGGCUACAAGAAGCUAUUUGAAACUGUGGAGGAACUGUCCUCACCACUCACAGCUCACGUGACAGGCAGGAUCCCUGUCUGGCUCACUGGCAGUCUCCUUCGAUGUGGGCCAGGACUCUUUGAAGUUGGAUCUGAGCCAUUUUACCACCUGUUUGACGGGCAAGCCCUCCUUCACAAGUUUGACUUUAAAGAAGGACAUGUCACAUACCACAGAAGGUUCAUCCGCACUGAUGCCUACGUGCGUGCAAUGACUGAGAAAAGGAUCGUCAUAACAGAAUUUGGCACCUGUGCUUUCCCUGACCCCUGCAAGAAUAUAUUCUCCAGGUUUUUUUCCUACUUUAGAGGAGUGGAGGUUACCGACAAUGCCCUUGUAAACGUCUACCCAGUGGGAGAAGAUUACUAUGCCUGCACAGAGACCAACUUUAUUACAAAGAUUAAUCCAGAGACCUUAGAGACAAUUAAGCAGGUUGACCUUUGCAACUAUGUCUCAGUCAACGGAGCCACUGCUCACCCCCACAUUGAAAGUGAUGGAACCGUUUACAACAUUGGUAAUUGCUUUGGGAAAAACUUUUCAAUUGCCUACAAUAUUGUAAAGAUUCCUCCACUGCAAGCAGACAAGGAAGAUCCAAUAAGCAAGUCAGAGAUCGUUGUACAAUUCCCCUGCAGUGACCGAUUCAAGCCAUCUUACGUCCAUAGUUUUGGUCUGACCCCCAAUUACAUCGUUUUUGUGGAGACACCAGUCAAAAUAAACUUGUUCAAGUUCCUUUCUUCAUGGAGUCUUUGGGGAGCCAACUACAUGGACUGUUUUGAGUCCAAUGAAACCAUGGGGGUUUGGCUUCAUAUUGCUGACAAAAAAAGAAGAAAGUACCUUAAUAAUAAAUACAGAACCUCUUCCUUCAACCUCUUCCAUCACAUCAACACCUAUGAAGACAAUGGGUUUCUGAUUGUGGACCUCUGUUGCUGGAAAGGAUUUGAAUUCGUCUAUAAUUACUUAUAUUUAGCUAAUUUACGUGAGAACUGGGAAGAGGUAAAAAAAAAUGCCAGAAAGGCUCCUCAACCGGAAGUUAGAAGAUAUGUACUACCUUUGAAUAUCGACAAGGCUGACACAGGCAAGAAUUUGAUCACACUCCCCAACACAACAGCCACAGCGAUUCUGUGCAGCGAUGAGACCAUCUGGCUAGAACCUGAGGUUCUCUUCUCAGGGCCUCGUCAAGCAUUUGAGUUUCCUCAGAUCAAUUACCAGAAGUAUGGUGGGAAACCUUAUACGUACGCCUAUGGACUUGGCUUGAAUCACUUUGUUCCAGACAGGCUCUGUAAGCUGAAUGUCAAAACUAAAGAAAUUUGGGUAUGGCAAGAGCCGGAUUCAUAUCCAUCAGAACCCAUCUUUGUUUCUCACCCGGAAGCCUUGGAAGAAGAUGAUGGUGUAGUUCUGAGUGUGGUGGUGAGCCCCGGGGCAGGACAAAAGCCUGCAUACCUCCUGAUUCUGAAUGCCAAGGAUUUGAGUGAAGUUGCCAGGGCUGAAGUGGAGAUUAACAUCCCUGUUACCUUUCAUGGACUGUUCAAAAAAUCCUGAGCAUAAGAUGUGUUUAUGGUGACAAAACUAAGAAAACUAGCUUCAGUUCUGCAAUCAAAUUUGUUCAAUUUUAGCCUGUUAUAUGUUGUGUUUUUAACUUGCACAUGCACACAAUUUUGCAAUGUCUUAUAGAAGAUUUCUGACUAAACAAUCUCUUUAGAAAAAAGUAUUUUCUUGAUAAAAUAGACCAUAACUGAAAAAUUCUUUUAAUAUUUAACAAUCAAAUAAGAAAUUAAUGUGGACUUAUUAAACUGAUUUUUGUUCCUAUAUAAAAGAUAAUUUUAGCUAUCUGCUCUAAUGUGUUUUUUUAACAUUUAAAACCCAAAGUCUUCUACAUACCUUAUUUGUAUGUAGCUUUGCUGAGUCAAGGCAAAAAGGCUUAAUUACUAAAGUAAAACCAAACUUUCCAGGGACUAUCAUUUAAGAGUACAUAGCAAUUGCUCUGUGUAUAUGUAACUGCUUAAAGAUCCUUAAUGAACUUUAAUCUCUUUGUUCAAUUUUUUUCAA